GAAGUGGCGGGCGGAGCCGGGCUCUCCUUCCAGCCGCUGACGGGACUCACGCGGGGGGAGCAGGGUGGGCAGGGCGGCGGCGGAGACCCUUCCUCCGCAGGGGACGCGGAAAGACGCGGCGGCUCCGGCCGAACCCCCGGAAGUCGAAGCCCUUGCUUCCGAGGGGACGGCUUCGUGGGACGGACCGGGGACGCGGCGUUGCAUCCUGCUUACCUAGGAAAUGCAGCUAACACAUCAGCUGGACCUAUUUCCUGAACACAGAGUGACCCUUCUGUUAUUUAAAGAUGUAAAAAAUGCUGGAGACUUGAGAAAAAAGGCCAUGGAAGGUGCCAUUGAUGGCUCAUUAAUAAACCCUACAGUGAUUGUGGAUCCAUUGCAGAUACUUGUGGCAGCAAACAAAGCAGUUCACCUCUACAAACUGGGAAAAAUGAAGACAAGAACUCUGUCUACUGAAAUUAUUUUCAAUCUUUCCCCAACUAACAAUAUUUCAGAGGCUCUGAAGAAAUUUGGUAUCUCGGCAAAUGACACUUCAAUUCUAAUUACUUAUAUUGAAGAGGGAGAAAAACAAAUAAAUCAAGAAGACCUAGUAUCUCAGGUGGAAGGUCAUCAAGUUUCUCUGGAAAAUCUCCCUGAAAUAACAAAUAUUACAGAAGUGAAAAAGAUAUAUAAACUAUCUUCACAAGAAGAAAGUAUUGGGACAUUACUGGAUGGUAUCAUUUGUAGAAUGUCAACAAAAGAUGUUUUAUGAAAUGAAAAAUAUUAAUGGCUUUCAGCAUUUAUUAAAAACAUUGGUUAUUUUUUCCAGAUUAUAACAUUUA